AUGAAGUUGCCUGAGUACAUCACCGUUGCUACAAUGCCUUAUUCACCUUACGUGGAAGUUCACAAAAAUGAAAAUGGAGAACUGAUACUUUCUGGAAUUGAAGGAAAAUAUUUAGACCUUGUUCUGAAAUCCAUCGACUUGCCUUAUAAAACAGUAAUCCCCGCUGAUAAAGAAUGGGGUUCACGAUUACCGAAUGGAAGCUGGUCUGGCAUAAUAGGUAUGCUUCAAAGAGGUGAAGCUGAUAUAGGUAUGUCUGGACUUUUCUUUACGGAGCAAAGAUUAGAAGUUGUUGACUUUAGCACUCCUCAUUCAACUGAGUUUGUUACUUUUGCUUCACAUAUGCCAGGUGAAUUAUCAUCUUUGUAUGCCUACUUUUAUCCAUUCACUUCAGGCGUUUGGGCCUGUUUCUUCUGCCUUUUGUUUAUUCUUCCACUUUUGAUCACUUUAAUCUUAGACAGAAAAUAUUCUUAUCUAUAUCUUUUCUUCCAAACAGUUGCCAGUAUACUAAAGCAACCUGUCUUCAUCAAAGAAAAUUCUACUCAUGGCCGAAUUCUCUUAAUAUUUUUGCUUCUCUUUACUACCAUAAUAGCCUUCUGUUAUAACUGCGUUCUCUCAGCCUUUUUAACAAUACCUCUGCAGAAGCCACCCAUACGAACUUUUCAUGACCUGUAUGAAGCUGUUACUCAUGGAACUCAUCGAUGCAUUGCUUGGGAAGGUUCCGCAAUGUAUGAAGUUCUAAAGCUCUCUCCUCAACCAAAAAUUCGAAAGAUAGCCAAAAUAAUAGAAAAAAAUAAUUGGACAGCAGCAGGCGAAGUCAUUAAAUCCCCUGAAAUUUUUGAUAAAUAUACUGCUGUGAUGAUUAGUGAAUUUGAAUAUAAAAUUUAUUUCGGAAUGGAACAAAAAGUUACAUUAUACAUGAUGGAUGAAGUUCUUACAUCCUCUAACACUGGAUUUGCGUUAAGGAAAGACUUUUGCUGCAAAGAACGCCUUAACGCAGUGAUAUCCAGCUUAACUAGUGGAGGUUUUUAUUACAAACUAAUGAGUGAUCAAUCAUACAUAAACUGGUUAAAAUCUGCAAAAAAGUCUCAAAUGAAUGACAAUCACCAACCUAUGCAUGAGAUCAUUACAUUCUUGUUGGUUUUCGCUAUAGGUAAUACAUUGGCCUUCUUUGUCCUGCUGGGCGAAAUACUGUAUGCCCAUUUACACAAAGCAUAUUAA